GGGCGGGGCAGCACUGCAGCAGUGCGCCUCUCCAGCAGCUGUCUCCGGUAAUGUUCCACAGAUACACCCGCCCCUCUCCUCCCUGGCCCCCAGACAGGUGGUCGGACUGUGCGCCCUCAUCCUUCCUAUUAGAAUAAGGAGAAAUAUAUAGAUCUGCUGUCAAAAGGGAAGGCUCGGCUGGCGCAGGCGCGUCCCCGAUGGACUUCCAGCGUGUGACCUCGGCGAUCACCGGGCGGCCAGCAGGAGGAGAGGAGCGCACCGGGAGAGCCCCGCAGAUCGGAUUCCUCCAGAUGCCCAAGAGGAGUCAGCGCGCGGAGGGAUGAGAUGCACGAGUAGGGAGCUGACACGAUUUAGGUGGGAUUUUUCAUCCGCGCGGCGGAAGGAUCAUUUCUGACAAUCCUCCGGUCUAGAGAAGUUCCCCUGGGAGAGAGAGCGAGAGGGAGGGGAGGUGGUGGUGGUGGGGGGUUCACUAUGGCUUCAGGCGCCGGUAAGGCUGCACAGUCCCCCGGGCCGGGCUCCACCGUGAACGGGACUGCGGCAGAGUUGGCCACCAUCGAGCAGGAGCUCUACGACAACCAGCUGCACAGCAAGAUGUGCAAGAAGAUCGCCCAGCUCACCAAGGUGAUUUACUCUCUGAACAUGAGGAACGAGGAGCAGGAAGCAGCCCUGCAGACCUUAAGCCACGCCCACCACGAUGAGCUGCACCGUAUACUGAUGGAGACGUGCCACGAAGGGGAGGGUUCGGUAUUAAGGACCCGCCUCCUUGAGCUUCAGGAGUCUUUGGAUGAGCAGCAGCGAGUUGGAGCUCAGGUUCAGGCAGACUUCGAGUUCUUCCGCAUCCAGGCAGAGGAGAGGGAGCGUGAAACGGAGGCAGAGCUGAGGAAAGAGUUUCAGAUGAAGCUCCGGGCUGCAGAGGAAGGACUCCUGGAGGCCAAGGCUGAGAUCAGCGCCACCCAGGAGGAGAGCCUGAGGUUGAGCAAAGAGCUGGAGAAAGCCGGGGAGCAGAUUGUGGAACUGACUGCUAAAUGUGAGGAGCUCCAAAGAGCAGCUGACGAGGAGAAAAGGAGAAAGCAAGAGGAGAGGGAAAGACAGGACGAGGAGAAAGAGAAACUGGAAGAGGAGAGGAGAACGGAGAAACAUGAUGACUUGGAAAGAAUGAAAGCCCUUUUGGAGGAGCUGCAGGCCCUGAAGGAGGAGAAGGAGCGAGCAGAGGAGGAGAAGAGGCGAGCGGUCAAAGAGGAGCGGGAGCAGUGGGAGCAAAAAGUGUAUGACCUCAAUGAGGAGAAAGAGCAGAUGAGAAAGACGAUUGAGUCAGAAUGGAGAGAGGAACGACAGAGGUGGGAGGAGAGGGAGGAGGAGGAGAAGAAGGGGAUGCACAGCGCUCUGCGGGAGAGAGUGAAGCGGGCUGAAGCGGAGGUGGAAGGCCAUCUGGAGAGGCUGGCUGAAAGCAAAAGGAACACAGUGAAGCUGCAGGAGAGGAUACAGGAUCUGGAGGAGGAGUUGGAGCUCGAUCGGAAGCGGGUGUCGGAGGCGGAGGCAGUGGUUAAACGGGCGGAGGAGGAGCUGGCCGUCGCUAAGGAGAGGCUGCUGCUGCAGGAAGACGAGCUGCAGAGCAGAGCAGAGGAGCUGCUGAACCGUGGGAGCUGUGAGGUGUGUGUGUGUGCUGAGCUGGAGGAGCUGAGAAGCCAGGUGAACCGCCUGCAGAGCCGGAACAGAGAGCUGGAGCUGCAGAGCAGUGGUAGAAACAGUGACCACGCCCGUCAGAUUCGCCAGCAUGCUGAAGCCCUGUCCAGUUUGCGCUCAGAGAUGGUGAGAGCCCAGACUGAGGAGCUGCGUCGUAUCCAGAAGCACGCAGACGAUGAAAGGGAAAAACUGCUGAAGGAGAUGGAAAAGGAGAGGACAAGCCUGCAGAAGGAGCGUCAGCAAGAAAAAGACCAGUUUGAGAAGGAGCGAAGCAAAAUCCGCAGAGAAAGAGACGAGGAAAAGGAGGCGCUCCAAAAACAAGUGGAGGAGAUCACAGAACGGCUGAGGAGAGAGAAAGAUGAAGAGGUGGACAGACUGCGUAAAGAACUAGACGUGGAGAGGGUUCGUGUCCGUUCUCAGCUGGACAAGACCAUCGAGCAGGUUGAGGUGGAGAGAGUCAACCUGCAGCAGAAGCUGGAGGAAGAGAAGAAGAGACUGGCGGAGAAGGCUGAGGAAGACAGGAAGCGGCUGAAGGAGCAGGUGCGGAAAGCGAUAGAGGAGGUGAUGAGGAGGCAUGCAGCGGAACUGAACAACGUCCAGGAAGCUCUGAGCUCAGAGAGGAGAACCAACCAAGAGGUUUGUGCUCGUUUGGAGGAGGAGAGACAAGCUGCUGAAGAGCUACGCAAAAGCCUGGAGAGAGAAAAAGAUGAGCUGAGGACAAAGCUGAAGGAUACCAACGCGGAGAUUCACAGGUUGGAGGCUGCGAUCCAACAGAACGGCGAGAAGGAAAAAGUGGCAGGUGAAGCUGCAGCGUCUUGCGGUCCUCGGUGCUCCCGGCUGGAGGAGGAGCUCGGUCAGGCUCGCAGUCGGCUGGCUCGAGCUCAAGAGGAGGCAGAGAGGCAACGUGACAGGCAGCAGAGAGAGAUAGCCUCCCUGAGGGCUGACAAGCACAGGCUGGAGGAGAAGGCCCUGGAACAGAGCCGGAUGAACACAGAGAGGAGCCUUCUGGAGCAGAGCCAGCGGCACAUGGAGGACCGCAUCAGGGCAGAGUGCGAAGAUCGUCUCAGAGCAGAGUUUAGGAUAGAGAUGAACGCAGCGGUUGCUGAGAGUGAACAGAGGUGGCAGGGCAGAGAGCAGGAGCUGCAGACCCAGGUAACUGAGCUGCAGGAUCAGCUGGCAGACCUGCAAGCAAAGAUGCAGGCGGAGAAAAAGACGGCGGGACAGGGAGAUGACAGCCAUGCCAACCCUGAAAUUGACAAGCUGAGGAAGGAGGUCCAAGACACCAAGGAGAUAAACAAGAAACUGAGGGAGCUGCUGCAGGAGCCUCAGAGCCAGUCCUUGGCAGAGGAGAGACACAGUCACGCCAUGGCGCUGCAGGCACUGGAGAGGCAGGCGAAGGAAGAUCUUCUGUCUGAGAUCAACCGGCUUCAGACGAUGCACCACCUGGAGCUCGACAAGCAGCGGGCAGAGCUAAACCAGCAGCACACCGAAUGGAGCCGACAGAUGACCCAGAGACAUAUGCAGCAGAUAGAGGACCUACAGGCCCAACUACAAGCACACACGCAGAUGAUGGCUCUCCAACAGGACCUGAAGCAGCAAAACCAGUACCAAGUCUUUGAACGACAGCUGGACGAGAGUCGCUGUGCCAUGCUUGAGCUUCAGAGAGAAAACAGGGCGCUGAAAAAGCAACUGCAGGAACGGUCUGUUAAGAAGAAUUCAGAGGUUGAAGAGAAAGAAGAGGAGAUCACAGAUGUGGGGAAGAACAGAGACGCUCAACUGGAGGAUGAAGCACAACGUCUGAAGGAGGAGGUGGAGAAACUGAGGGUGGAAAUGGAGAAACUGGAGGAGUCCCAAAAACACUGGGAGGAUAAGAAAGAGGAUGACCUGAAAGAAGAAGAGGUGGAUGAGGAAAAGAAGAAAGAGAGAGAGGAGGAGAAGAGAAGAGAGGAGGUGGAGGAGAUCAGGAGGGAGCACAAGAGGGAGAUGCAGAGUUUGGUUUCUGAGUACAGCAGCGCACAGAACCACCUGCAGGCUCGCAUAGUGGCAUUGGAGAAUGAACUGCGAGAGCGGGAGGAGCGCUGCAGGAGGAGGGAGCCUCGAUGUGAUGAUCUGUCACUUGGGAGACUCCAGGAGAGGCUGAUGGAGAGAGAUCAGCUCAUUAAAAGAUUAGUGGAAGAGAGGCAUCAGCUGCAGCUCCACCCUACCGUUGCCGGGGACAACAGCAGCCCCAGGCUCCGUGACAGCAAGUCCCGCCCCGGGAGCGUCACGCCGACCAUGAGGAGAAAGGAUGUGGAGUCUCCUCCUCGCACCACCAGCAUCCCCAGCAACGCUGCCUAUGACAGGAGCAUCUUCCUUUCCCAUUCCUCUUCCUCGUCUUCCUCCUCCACGAAUCCACACUCUUCCUCAACCCUUCCCCACCAGUCCAGCUCCCAUUCUCACGUCUCUCCCCACUACUCCACCUCCUCUCUUCCACACAAGCACACCUCCCUCUCCCUAGGCCAACAUUCCUCCCCGUCCCUCCCUCGCUCCCCCAGAUCCCGGACAUCCUGCAUCCCUCCCACCCCGGCGCCGACCGCUCCUCUGCCCGUCUGCCCCUCAUCUCAGACGGGUAUCCGAUACGUGUCCCCCUCCUGCCAUGAGGCACACUGGCACAUGCAGACCCAGUCAAUCAGAGGCCCAUACCUGGAGCAGAGGGGGACAGAAGGGCUGAAGCAGGAGUGGUUCACCAAAUACUUCUCCUUCUGAGCACAAAUAUAUGUUAAACACUAUUAACACACACAGAAGCUGCAAAAACAUCUCAUAUAAACGAUUCAUUGCUUCUUUUACAGAGACAGACUGCUUCCAACACACAGACAAAACCUUUAAAGCACAGCCGUUCACACAGACAUAUUUAUGGGCUCAUCACCAGCAAGGCCAUCAAACAUUGCCUCAAAGCUCAACCAAAAAGUGCUUCUCAACACAUGCCUGACCUCUUCUCAGAUCAUAAGUCUGCCAGAUAAAACUUUGUAUAUUUGGUUUUCAUUUAAGGCAGUCUUCCUUUUUUUUUUUUUUUUUUUUUUUUUUUAAAACACCAUUUUCUCAUCAGUUACUUUGGGCAAGUGAGCUUUUUUUCUUGUUUUCUAACCAACAAACCUUGUUAAGAGUGGAAGCGGUUAUCAUAUUUAAUCCAGAGCCACAUAAAAUUGCAAACCUAUGUUUGUUUUGAUGCAAAAAUGUAUGAUACCCUUAAUGAAAUAUGAAUAAACAUAUUUUGUUUUUG